GAUCCUUCAGCAGGCUGCACGCACAUCCUCACCUGCUAGAGCUGCUGUGGAUCGCUGCUGUGGAUCGCUGGAGCAUCUCGCUGUCUCUCCCUCCGCAGGCUGCUGUGACUGACAGGCGACGACUCAAUGAAACACAGCGGCAAACUGAGGCUGCAAGACCCUCUCCUUUAGUUGUCUUGGCUGUUUGUCAGCCUUUGCAGCUGGAAGCGUAGAGAGAGAAGAAGAGCAGCUGGCGGACCGAUGGAGAAGAAGCGAGGAUCCUCUCAUCAGUAUGGUUCACUGGAGCGCACUGAAUGGAGCAGAGACGGCAGCCAGCCAGAGGAGGACGUGGUGUCCAUGGCUGACUCCACCAUCACUGUUGAUGACAUUGAGGGGGAGCUAUUCAAGAUUGAGAGGAUCAAGGAUGUUCUGGUCAGGAGGGAGUCGGAGCUCAGAUACAUGAUGGAUGACAUUCAGCUGUGCAAAGAGAUCACCCGUCUGAAGAAGGAGCUGCAUAAACUAGUGUCAAUACCAGAUAAUGAUAAGUCCAACGAAGACAGACAGAAGGAAGAAGAACUACUGCAGCAGCUUCACAAGUUGGUGGAGACCAGAGAUUUUCUUGUGGAUGAUGUGGAGUUUGAGCGACUCAGGGAGAAAGAAGAAGACAAAGAAAUGGCAGAUUUUCUGAAGUCCAAAUUCCCCAGAAAUAUGAAGACAGGUGUACCAACCAGAAGGGCACCAACCAGAGCUCAGCAGACCUCUUCACCCUUCACCAAGACAGGCCUCACCCUCCUGAAGGAGUGUUGUGGCUUUACGUGCUCCAUCAUGUAGACUACGUGCCAAAAUACUCCCACUGCUGGGCUGGCAAAAAGAGCCACAGACCAAAAUGGCCAAUCCACAGUAUUUCCAUUUAAUUCAGCCCAAGAAAGACUUUGAAGCAUGGAUGGAGAGCUGCAAAUUUUUGCUGAAGAUGAUGUGGGGUGCUCUCCAUCCCAAGAACCAACUUUGUCUUGUGUUUGCUUUCAUCUUAAACAGUAUCUGACAGUUCUUUUUGUUCCCCUCAUGUCUCUGCUUUUCACCCAAACCCAGCAAGCUGUUCUUACUUUUAAUUUUCAGACAAGAUUUGAAGGACAUAAACAGCAGAACACAGGCCAUGCGUGUACAGUGUUCGCUCUAAUUGGACUGAACUAGCAUGACUUGCCCACAAGUUUUAACUUUUAAAGAGUCUACAGAGCUAUGAUGACUAUCAUCUCUUCAUUAUAACAGUAACUGUUUUGCAGGAGUCAGCAGGCCAGUCUAGAUGCUGCUGGAACUUUAUAAUUAGCACUAAGGAGAUAACGCUAAUGAAACUGACAUUAAUGGAGAGCUCUGUUAGGUUGAAGUUGCCAGUGAUUUGACUCUAGAUCCAAAUGGAUAUGACCUUUUGAAAGCGUGGUAGUUUGUUUGUUUCAUGCUGCAUUUUCCUGUCAUGAUAGUCAACUAAAAUAGACCAGGAUCUCACUUUUUAUAUGUUGCAGUCCAUUGAUAGUGGUAUAGACUUCCAUGUUGUACAAUAUGCUCUGUUGUUUUUUUUAAAAUUUGCAGCGAAACAACAGUACAUAAUACAUAUUACAGAAAAUUUUGAGCGUUUUUUUUGCUAAUCCUCACUGAUCAUGAAGCUUUAGUCUUUGGCGCUGAGCGGACAGACUGCUUUUAAUAAAAUAUGUCCGAUGGCUAUUUAACAGGUGGCGCAGAAGACACUCAUGACUAAACAACACCAAGGAAAGGUAAUGCUAACGGUGUUGUGUUAUAUUAAGACAUGCAUAUAUACAUUUCUUUACCAAUGAAGUGGUGCAUAUUGCAUAUCAGGUCUAGUGUUCUGCAGUGCCAGUCGAGUGCUGCACCAUUUCAUUUACGGAAGCCUGCAUCUGGAUGACUAAUUUAACUGAAGAGUGCCAUAAGGACAUCAUUCCCAUCACACUCCAUACAACAUCCAUCACAUUUGUGACACACUCCAACACACACUCAAACACUGUGAAGCAUUUUUGUUUUCUCCUUUAAUCUGCUGGCCAGUGGCAAAGCUCUUUCGCCCAUUUCCACACGCAGAAACAUGAUGUAUUUGUUGCGACAUUAAAUUGAAUCUUUAUGACCUUAGUAUGUAUCAGUAGAACAUGUGGAUGAAGCUCUUCAGGGGCUCAAACAUACAAGACAUGCGGUGCAGGGAUGCAGUGGCCAAUUAAACUACGGUGCAGAUCUUUGUGUUGCCAAGAAGAAUAGUCUCCAUAGCAACCUUGUAUAACCCAUAUCUUUACAAUGAGACAACGAGGAAGGUCGGAUGAGGUUAGACUUCAAAGGUGUGACAAAAUCAAGUAUUGUAUGGAGCUAAUGAACUACUGAAAGGCUGGCAGAAAAACAGAAGAAUAUGACCAUUGUGAUUUCAAAUCAUCUGAAAACAGCUAGAGAUGAAGUAAACACAAGGGCGUACUGAAGAUAGAAGGUUUUUUUAAUGAAGAUGCUGUUUGAAAGUCUCAAAUCUUUUUAGUGAGUAUGAAUGAUACAUUUCUCAGUGAAUCUUUCAGUUCGUUUCAUUUUCCCGUUUGAUACAGAGCUUUGUCUUAUGAUUUCUUCCCAACUUGUCCUUGGGAUUGAUGCUGCUGUCUCUUCAGCUCAGUCUCUGGGCCUUUUGAUGUUCAGUCUCAGCACUGUCACAGAGGCUUUGGGUCAUGUAUCACUCAGCAACCAUGUCUGAUGUUGUCAUUGAGAUCCACAGGGGAAAUAAAUAUGUGCCAAUAAUACUGAAGUAUUGUAUAGUAAAACUAAUGAGGAUUUUUUUGUCAAAAGCUUAAGUGAAAUGACAGCAUAAACCCUUUUCCAACAACAGAAGUAAUGCACAUAUUGAGUAGUGAUUAGCUGGCCUAGUGCUUAUUUGCAAUAUAAGUAUCUUGUAAAAUAAUAAGAUCAUCAAAAGUAAUCCUUUUUAAAGGCCUUUUUAAAUUGGCCCCUAUGGCUGAGCUGCUCAGUGAAUAAUUAAAGCUUUUUGCCCUGACAAAGACCUUCAUCUCAUCAGUAGUGUUUUAUGUGCAGGGAAUUUGAGUCUGUGGCAUCUUUUUGUUUUGCAGUUUCCACAGUAAAAGCAGCUGCUCACACCAGCUGGACAGCAUUGCUACAUCUUCAGGCUGUGCAAGUCAAAUGGGGAUUCAAGACUUGCGUAGAAGUGGCCACGUAGACUCUUAAGAGAGACACAGUGUCGCAGGAGAGGGAGAAGAUGAUGUACGAAGAGAGGCUGAAGUGGUCGAACGCAGGGAGGGAGGAGGGGAAUGAAGAAAAGAGAGGAAAAAGCGAGUGGGAGGGCACAGAGUUAGAGGGGGUCUAAUCUUCACUGUGAGUCAUCCUUAGUGGAAACACUGCGAGUUCCCACAAGGGCAGCUGUCGGUGAAUGGCACAUGAAAAGGGCACGGCUGUCACUCAAGUGCCAUAAUCAGGAACACCUUCUGCACAGCUCACAAGGAGAUGCUAUCGAUAUGUUUGUAUAUGUGUGUGAAUAAUAAAUGAAUAGAAUGUG